AUCGGUGCCGAGCCCUCUUUCAAGUCACUGACCACUUGCAUCGCAUUCUGUUUGGUGUGGAAGACGCUCGCAGCUCAAGAUCACAAUGGAAGAUGAUAUCGCCGCCCUGGUUGUUGACAAUGGCUCUGGAAUGUGCAAAGCUGGCUUUGCAGGAGAUGAUGCUCCUCGUGCUGUGUUCCCAUCCAUUGUGGGUCGUCCCAGACAUCAGGGUGUCAUGGUUGGAAUGGGGCAGAAAGACAGCUAUGUAGGUGAUGAAGCUCAAAGCAAGAGAGGUAUCCUGACUCUGAAAUAUCCAAUUGAACAUGGAAUUGUCACAAACUGGGAUGAUAUGGAGAAAAUCUGGCACCACACCUUUUACAAUGAGUUGAGAGUUGCCCCAGAGGAACACCCAGUGCUUCUGACUGAAGCUCCACUUAACCCCAAAGCAAACCGAGAGAAGAUGACACAGAUCAUGUUUGAGACCUUCAACACUCCAGCCAUGUACGUUGCUAUUCAGGCUGUACUUUCUCUGUAUGCCUCUGGACGUACCACUGGUAUUGUGAUGGACUCUGGAGAUGGUGUCACUCACACUGUGCCAAUCUAUGAGGGCUAUGCACUGCCUCAUGCCAUCCUGCGUCUUGACUUGGCUGGACGUGACCUGACAGACUACCUCAUGAAAAUUCUGACUGAGAGGGGUUACAGCUUUACUACCACUGCUGAAAGAGAAAUUGUGCGUGACAUUAAGGAGAAGCUGUGUUAUGUAGCUCUGGAUUUUGAGCAAGAAAUGGCUACAGCUGCUUCCUCAUCUUCUCUGGAAAAGAGCUACGAGUUGCCCGAUGGGCAGGUCAUUACUAUUGGUAACGAACGGUUCAGGUGUCCAGAAGCCCUGUUCCAGCCAUCUUUUCUUGGUAUGGAAUCGUGUGGUAUCCAUGAAACUACCUACAACUCCAUAAUGAAAUGUGAUGUUGAUAUCCGUAAGGAUCUGUAUGCCAACACUGUCCUUUCUGGAGGAACCACAAUGUAUCCAGGAAUUGCUGAUAGGAUGCAGAAAGAAAUUACUGCACUAGCUCCAAGCACCAUGAAAAUUAAGAUUAUUGCACCACCAGAACGUAAAUACUCUGUAUGGAUUGGAGGCUCCAUCCUGGCAUCUCUUUCCACCUUUCAACAAAUGUGGAUCAGCAAGCAGGAGUAUGAUGAAUCUGGUCCUUCAAUUGUCCACCGCAAAUGCUUUUAAGGACUUGCCCUUAUGUUGUAUUUGUGCAGAAAGAUCACUGGCAUGGCUUUCCCUAUUGGCGCUUGGCUCAGGAUUUAAUAACUGGAAUGGAGAGAUGGGGACAAACACCAACCCACAGUGCACCUGAGGACUAACAGUAUUUUUUUUUUUCUCUCCAAGUGUAUAGUGCAUUGUUGAAAAGUGUCCUCAAUGCUGCUCAGUUGGAGCUUACAAAUGGUUGUGUUGCUUAUUUGUGCAGCUAUAUACCCGAACUUUUAUUUUUUUGUAUCUUCUGCCUUGACCACUCUACUCUUUAUCUCAUGGGCCCUAUCUCUGACAUUUUUGAAAAAGUUUACGUUGUUUACGUUGUUGAUCUUGAUGAGAUGCAAGAGGUCAGUGAAAACAAACUUAAUAAAGAAA